GAUCGAUACGAUGCGACAUAUCAGCUACUGGGAGACACUGAAAGAGUUAAGACUUUCUGCUCCCUGGAGCGAAGGUGGGAAAGAUAUGCAAUAAAAUACAUCUGAAAAAUCCUAGAAAAAUUUGUUCCAAACUUUGUCAUUGAUACCAUCACAAACAGUAGGACAGGGUGCUGCAACAUUGCCAUCAGGAUGUAGGACGAGGUACUGUUUAGCUUCGCCUUCAAAGGUUCACAACUCUUCAAUAUCCUCCCACAAGGCCUGAGAGACCUGCAUGUAGUGGAUGUAGGAUUUUUCAAAACAAAAGUAUAUUUCCUUCUGUCAAGAGUUCUGGAUGAACCUACCUCUAGGCAAGAGACACAGAUGAGGGCAGCAAAAUCAAACUCUCUCAUCCACUAAAUGUCACAUAUCAGAGGACGUUUUGUGAAAGUGUAGCAAAGUAAACGGUAGUGCCAUGCUGGGGCACCACCGUUUACAUAUAACCACUUUCUGUUUUUUUUUUUUUUUGCUUGAUUAAGGAUAACUAACCGAAUACAUACAUACAUAACAAUUAUAAAGCCCGCCAAUUACAUCGAUCAUUAAUGAAUUGACCAGAAACUAUCGUACGCACUCCACGUAUGUUUCAUGUUUAGUACAUCGUUGUAAAUUUAUCACUCAUCACUCCCUUUACAAUAUUCAUCCCGCAAACCAUUAUCAAUAUAAUAAUUAAUCAACAAAGGACUUUGCCCAUUUUAUACGAAACCAAAGCUACGAAUCAGCAACUAAAAGAGAAACAGUUGCAAGAUCCUCAUACAUGAAUGGAAGACGAAAACCUUCAAUGGAUGCAGCGUGCCAUAGACUUAGCCGAAGAAGCUUUCAAGGCAGGAGAAGUUCCAGUUGGAUGCAUUUUCAUCUAUGAAAACAAAGAACUUGUAAAUGGAAGGAAUAUGGUAACUGAGACCAAAAAUGCUACCCAGCAUGCAGAAAUAGUUGCGAUUGAAAGAGUUUAUGCAUGGUGUGAAGAACAUGAUAAAAACGCAGCAGACGUGUUCGCUGCCAUCACUGUUGUGGUCACUGUGGAACCUUGCAUAAUGUGUAUGGCCGCAAUUAGGACUUUAAACAUUCCUCUUGUUAUUUAUGGUUGCAGAAACGACCGAUUUGGUGGCUGCGGCUCGGUGAUGAACAUUGCAACAGAUGAGAUUCCAUCAUUGGGAAGGCGCCUUUACUGUAUAUCUGGACUCAUGGCAGAAAAAGCCAUUUCGCUUCUAAAAGAUUUCUACAAAGGAGAAAACUUGAAUGCUCCUGAAGAGAAACGAAAAAUAAAAAACGAAAUUAAAAAAUAAAAAUAA